CCGCCCUGGGCCACGCUUUUGCCCGACUCCCGGGAGGAAAACCGUACGUUCUACGCGUUUCUGGUCCACGGAGGGUGUGAGGCGAAUCUUUGGAGCCCGUUUUACGACAACUUGCGGCCGCGCGGUGCGGCUGACGGCAACGCCGCGCUGCUCUUGGAGAGGUCACUUCGGAGACGGCGCUGGUUUUGGGCUGUGUGGGUCAGCGGCAGUAUGUGGCGCGUCUGUGCGCGACAGGCCCAGAAUGCAGCCCCAAGGGCAGGAUUUGGGGCUCGGUGGAUGGCCUUGCGGGAGGAGCCGGGAGCUCGGUGCGUGACCCCGCAGGCUGGCUCGGCUCCGGCUCGUUGCAGCAGCAGGACCACAGGGUAUGGCAGGGUCCGGGCACUCUGCGGCUGGAGCCCCAGCUCCUGGGCCACACCGCGGAAUCGCGUCUUGCUCCAGCUUUGGGGAUCUCCUAGGCGCCGCUGGUAUAGCCUCCCCCCGCAUCAGAAGGUUCCAUUGCCCUCUCUUUCCCCCACAAUGCAGGCAGGCACCAUAGCCCGCUGGGAGAAAAAGGAAGGGGAAAAAAUCAAUGAGGGCGAAUUAAUUGCAGAGGUUGAAACUGAUAAAGCUACUGUUGGAUUUGAGAGCCUGGAGGAGUGUUACAUGGCAAAGAUACUUGUUGCUGAAGGUACCAGAGAUGUUCCAAUUGGAGCAAUCAUCUGUAUCACAGUUGAAAAGCCUGAAGAUAUUGAGGCCUUUAAAAAUUAUACGCUGGACUCUUCAGCAGCACCUACCCCACAAGCAGCCCCAGCACCAACCCCUGCUGCCGCUGCUCCGUCACCUGCACCUCCCGCUCAGGCUCCUGGUAGCUCAUAUCCUCCUCACAUGCAGGUGCUUCUUCCUGCCCUCUCUCCCACCAUGACCAUGGGCACAGUUCAGAGAUGGGAAAAAAAAGUGGGUGAGAAGCUAAGUGAAGGAGAUUUAUUGGCAGAGAUAGAGACUGACAAGGCCACUAUAGGUUUUGAAGCACAGGAAGAAGGUUACCUAGCAAAAAUCCUGGUCCCUGAAGGUACAAGAGAUGUCCCUCUAGGAGCCCCACUCUGUAUCAUUGUAGAAAAAGAGGCAGAUAUACCAGCAUUUGCUGACUAUCGGCCAACAGAAGUAGCUGAUUUAAAACCACCAGCACCACCACCUAUCCCAUCCAUGGCAGCCCCUGUUUCUCCAGCUCCCCAACCUGUAGCCCCUCCACCUUCAGCCACCCGCCCAGCUACUCCUGCUGGACCAAAGGGAAGGUUGUUUGUUAGCCCUCUUGCAAAGAAGUUGGCAACAGAGAAAGGGAUUGACCUUACACAAGUAAAAGGGACGGGACCAGACGGCAGAAUCAUCAAGAAGGACAUCGACUCCUUUGUGCCUACUAAAGCUGCUCCUACUCCAGCAGCUGCUGUGUCUCCCCCGAGUCCGGGAGUGGCACCGGUUCCUACAGGUGUCUUCACAGAUAUCCCAAUCAGCAACAUUCGCCGAGUUAUUGCACAGCGGUUAAUGCAAUCUAAGCAAACCAUACCUCAUUAUUACCUUUCUGUUGAUGUAAAUAUGGGAGAAGUUUUGUUGGUACGGAAAGAACUUAAUAAGAUGUUAGAAGGGAGAAGCAAAAUUUCUGUCAAUGACUUCAUUAUAAAAGCUUCAGCUUUGGCAUGUUUAAAAGUUCCUGAAGCAAAUUCUUCUUGGCUGGACACAGUUAUAAGACAAAAUCACGUUGUUGAUAUCAGUGUCGCAGUCAGUACCCCUGCAGGACUCAUCACACCUAUUGUAUUUAAUGCACACAUAAAAGGACUGGAAACCAUUGCUAAUGAUGUUGUUUCUUUAGCAACCAAAGCACGAGAGGGUAAACUACAACCACAGGAGUUCCAGGGUGGCACUUUUACGAUCUCAAAUUUAGGAAUGUUUGGAAUUAAGAACUUCUCUGCUAUUAUUAACCCACCUCAAGCAUGUAUUUUGGCAAUUGGUGCUUCAGAGGAUAGACUGGUUCCAGCAGAUAGUGAAAAAGGAUUUGAUGUGGCCAGCAUGAUGUCUGUUACACUCAGUUGUGAUCAUCGGGUUGUGGAUGGAGCAGUUGGAGCCCAGUGGCUUGCUGAGUUUAGAAAGUUCCUUGAAAAACCUAUCACCAUGUUGUUAUAAUUAACCCAAGAAUUUCUAGACUCUCCCAGGUCACACUGGUUCAUUCUUACCAAGAUAUAAAUAUGUUAUUAACCGGUGGUUCUCUUUUUAUUUUAAGGUUGACCAGUUACUUUUGAGUCUGUCCAGAUAAGUUAUUUGUAAUGGGCAUUACUGAAUUUUUUAAAAUGCCAAUUACAUCCAAAUUUUGUGCACAUUUAAUCAAUACCAAAUUUUAAGCUGUAUACUCCUAGUCAAGGGGCAUGUGGCUUAGCCCUUUGGUGAUAAGGACUUCCACUGGGAAAUGUAGAGGUAGAAUUGUGGUUCCCUAUUGAGACAGGCACAUAAAAGUAACCUUGAUGAGAUCUUGAGGUUUUGAAAUUUAAUUACCUCAAAUGUUUUGUUUAGAUUUGAGAAAAAGAGAAGAAGUCGGGAAAAUUAGUUCUCUUGGAGAAAGGGUUUGAAUUGAGGCUUGAUUUUGGAACAUAAACCUAAUUUAAAAUUUUCUGUUACAUAAUCUCGGUUUAUCAUGGAUGGGAAACAUAGAGAACUUCAAGGAAAAUAAGUGAAAUUUUAAAAGUCAACAUUUUCUUAGAACUGUUCCACCAGCUGUUCUUUGUUUAUUUUUCUAUGAAUUCAGAAAUGGUUGUUUUCCCCUCUUGAGAUGAAGAUAUAAAUAUGAGCCAGCUACUUGGUAUAAGUGAGAAUUUGUGUGGGUAUCUAUUUAAACAAUUGAAAUGUGUCAUUCUGAGAGCAGAAUUCUAUAAUUACCUCCAAAUAAAAGAACAUGCUUAUAGAAUUUAACAGAGUGAAGUUGUGAAAGUAGAAUUUUUCCUCCAAAAUUAACUGGUGGUUACUUGUAAAUGAACUUAAUUACCAGGAUUUAUUACUUAAAUAACUUUGAAAAACUAUAUCAAGUAACUAUGGAAUUAAGUGUGCAUAUGUAAACUAUGUUUCCUAGUGAGAUAUGUGCCAAAGUCCAUAUAUCACCAGGUUCUAUCUGAAAAGAAGAGGGGAGCGAUACGCUGCUGAACAGUUUGGAGUGAUAAAAGAUGAUGACCAAAACGAAGUGGUUAGUUUUACUUGGAUAAAGUGAAAAAUGUUAAAUGUGUACAAAAAAAGUGUUCUGUGUUUUUCCACCCCAGUGUUGUCUUGUGUAAAAUAAGAAAGCCCUAAAAUCCUAUCAGAGAGAAAAAAAUUAUUUAGGUUGUUUGCUACCUUAUCAGCCUAAAUAUUUUUUUUCCAUUUUGUUACGAUUUGCCUUUCUUUGGGGUGGGGGUGGAUGGUGGUGAUAUUCAGGAUAAUAAAAAUGAAUUAGAAACAUCACAAUUCUAGACUUUCUAUUGAUUUGUUUUAAUAAAUAUUUGGAAUUGUAAUAUGUGGAGCUGUUCCCUGAAAUUUAGGUCUUUCAAUGUUGAAUCUAUUUCUAAAUGUUCAUUAUUUCAUGGUGCACAAGUGACACUCCAUAUAUUCCAGAAAUAUUUUCCUUGCUGUAUUAUUAUGAAAACAAUUCAAUACAUUAAUCUGAUUUUUCAGUAAUUAGUAAUUUUAGCUUGAACUGAAGAUUAUGCAGAAGGAACAAACUUAUGACAAGGGACAAUCACCAGUAUGAGUGAUUCAAAUACAUGAAACUUCAAAGAUAACUCAUUCUUUGCUAAUGUUUACGGCUCUAUUGUUCCCUUGAGAGAAAAAUAAAAAGUUGAAUUCUAAGAAAAAUUGUUCUGAGUUAAAAAUUAAUCUGAGCUAUAAUCUAAAUCUGGAUUCAGUCUAUUUUUCUUACCAGAACUGAAUGAACAAAAGUUAU